AUGGUUGUUAUGCGAGAAAUUGCAUUGGAGCCCAUGCGUGCGAGUCCGGAGAGUGCAGAUCCGAGAGCAGCCUGUGAGAUGGGGCCGGCCUCAUCAACAAACGACGGUUCGCUUGUUGCUGAGAUCAAUGUUGCUGUAGGGGGGUUCGACUCUCUAUUUCACGUGGAAGAUGGAUACUUGUUUGAGCAAGUAAAUAUGACUGUAAGUAUUACUGCCCUUGCAACUUACAUUGUAGACACAAGCACCCGAAGCAUGGUGGUUGUAAGCGUCUACCGCGCCACGGCGAUAUUUCCAAACUGCCGACAAGCCGUUUCAGAAUGCUACAGCAAAGACAAGGGUGCCCCAAAAGUAGCAUGGUUGUUUCCAUCUCGCCUGAGAAGAUGGAGGUAUGUAUUACCAGACAUUACGGAAUGGUUCCGAUCUUGUUGCUACAAGGACGCCCUCGGUGAAAACAGCUUCGGCUCGGCAUCUUUUGUUCUUCCAGCUUCCCAUCUUCAUCUGAGCUGUUUGUUGGAGUACCUUAUGUAUUACUCGUGUCUUGUGCACCACCAAAGGGCAUCUGUAUUACACACGGGCUCACCGCCCUUGGAUUACGGGGUAAUCCAUGCUCAUAUACUAGUAGCGGGUUCGCCACCCACCUUGUCAGAUAUGCUAGCAUCAUCAUCAUCAUCAGCAGUACCAGCCAAUCCGGACCGUCGGUUUUGUCAAUGUCUGGGCAACGUGAAUGUCAAUGGCAAACGACUUUCCACGUCCCUCAAGCCCGACCCUCGGUCCGGCCAAGGCACGGCGCUAGUGGAAUGGACCGAAAGAGAGGGAGCCUACUAA